GGCCAUGGCGACGCACCAUGCGCGGCUCUGGGCCCGCUGGGCGUUGUGCGCUCGGGGUCCAGGCCGAGUCCAGCGACCUGGCCCCAGGCGGUUCUGCUGCUCAGGGACGGCGGCCGCCGACGUGCGCCGGGAAGAGCAGGCCCCGGGCGGCGCGGAGACAGGCCCUGCGGACCUGACUGCCAGGAAGAGCUUCUCGGAGGUGCAGGAGGGAAGGAGGGAGCAAGCCCAGCGCUCUGUCCUGAUACACUGUCCCAGCAAAGUCAGCGAGAAAAAGCUCCUCAAGUAUUUAUCUCAGCACGGACCCAUCAAUAAUCACUUCUUCUAUGAAAGCUUUGGUCUCUAUGCUGUGGUGGAGUUCUCCCAGCAGGAAAGUGUGGGCUCUGUCCUGAGUGGGGCCCUCCCGCCGCGUCUGGGCAGCGGGGAGGCCGCCAUCCCCUUCCGCUCACGGUUCAUCAACCUGCGGCCGAAGCAGGGGCCCAGCCAGGCCUCCGACCUGCCCUGCGUGCAGACCAGUCACCAGCUGCCGCCUCCCAGCAAGAAGCUGUUUGAGCUGCUUUGUCAUGCAGAGAGUGUAGACGAGCAGCUGAACACGCUGUGGAAGGCGCUGCAGCUGACGGAAGAGAACGUCCGGCUCCGCUACCUCACCUGCUCGCUCAUCGAGGACGUGGCAGCCGCCUACUUCCCCGCCUGCACCGUCAGGCCCUUUGGCUCCUCGGUGAACACGUUUGGGAAGCUAGGGUGUGACCUGGACAUGUUUCUGGAUCUCGAUGAGAUUGGAAAACGCAAUGUUUCUAAGACCUCGGGGAGUUUUUUGAUGGAAUUUCAAGUGAAAAAUGUUCCUUCCGAAAGGAUAGCAACGCAGAAGAUCCUGUCGGUGAUCGGCGAGUGCCUGGACCACUUCGGGCCCGGCUGCGUGGGCGUGCAGAAGAUCCUCAACGCUCGCUGCCCACUCGUGCGCUUCUCCCACCAGGCCUCAGGCUUCCAGUGCGACCUGACCACCAAUAACAGGAUUGCCUUGAAGAGUUCGGAGCUCCUCUACCUGUACGGCUCGCUGGACUCGAGGGUGCGGGCGCUGGUGUUUGCCGUGCGCUGCUGGGCCCGCGCGCAUGCCCUCACCAGCAGCAUUCCCGGAGCGUGGGUCACCAACUUCGCCCUCACCGUGAUGGUCAUCUUCUUUCUGCAGAGGAGAUCGCCCCCUGUGCUCCCAACGCUGGACUCUUUGAAGGCCCUGGCCGAUGCGGAAGACAGGUGUGUAAUAGAAGGCAACAACUGCACGUUCGUUCAGCACUUGAAUAAAAUUCAGCCGUCAGGGAACACGGAAACACUGGAAUCGCUGCUGACGGAAUUUUUUGAGUAUUUUGGCAAUUUCGCUUUCAAUAAAAAUUCCAUAAAUAUCCGACAGGGACGGGAACAGAACAAGCCUGACUCCUCUCCGCUUCACAUUCAGAAUCCUUUUGAAACUUCUCUCAAUAUAAGCAAGAACGUCAGCCAGAGCCAGCUGCAGAAGUUUGUGGACCUGGCCCGAGAAAGCGCCUGGCUCCUGCAGCAGGACGAAGCCAGCACCCCGGCCGCGCGCCCCUGGGGGCUGGCCGCCCUGCUGCUGCCCUCUGGGGCCGAGGGUGGCUCUCUCCCCAGGAAGCAGAGGAAGCGGCCUGCCAGUGAGAGGAUUAGGAGCUUGCUGGAAUCCAUCAAAGAUAACAGCCCAGAAAACGUCGCUGGCGCCAGCGGGAAAAGGACGAGUACCCACGCGUGAUCCCGGCUGCCUCUCCCGUCCUCUCCCCUCGGCCCCCUUGGCCCACUCUGCAGCCUGGGACAUGGCUGCCAUGGAGCAGGUGGAGGAGAGGAGACGCGUUCGCCAGCAGACUGUAGCGGCCCCUGGCUGGGCAGCACUAAAGGGACCCAACCCUUUGCAUAACACACAUAGCUUAAUAAAGCUGCCGGGGGGUGACAAUGCUGUGAUCCGGAUUGUUGUACCUUGUGAGCCAGCUAGGCCCUUAGCACUUAAGAAUUAAAACAGGUUGGUACUGACCAGCAGCCGAACGCAAGGACAGACACCUGAGGCACUGUGGCUUCGGUGUCCUAAGCCAAGUGUGUGCAAGCACUGAGGUGCUGUAAUUUUGAAGAUCACUUAGUUCUCUUUUCCAGCAGGAACCUUGUUUCUAAGCACAGUGUGCUGUUCACCCCCUCCUCCCAUUCUUCCCCUUGUGGCUUGGGAAGCCCGCUUUCCCUCUGGGUGGUGUUUCCCUGCACAGGGCAGGUGUUGGGGUGCAGGCACAGCCUGUUCCCCAGGACUGGGGGGCAGCCUGUGGAGCCUCCCACUUGAAAUGCAGGCUCUGUGUGGGACCUGCCGUGCGGCAGUACCCCCUCUGUCCACAGGGCUGUGCUCUUGGGCCUCCCCUGGCUGGUUUCCGCUGUUGGGAGGCGCGGGGAGGGUGUGUGACCUUUCCUCCUUAAUCAUUUAUCGGAUGACUGGGACAGGUGUGUCUCUUGCU